GCUCUGUCUUUUUCCGUUCUUUUUUCUCUCUCUAACUUUACUCUUUUUCCUUUUUCGCUCUCUAUUUCUUUUUGCCUUGUUGUUGUUGUUGUCGUCUAUUUCAAUUUCACCCUUUUUUCCUCUCUAUCUAUAGACAUCACUAUAUACCAUUCUCCAUAUCACUUUGAUACCACAACAGAACCCCUUUUGCUUUUUCUCCUCAAAAAUCCCAUCUUUACCGUCAGCUUCCGUGAACCUUCUAGGGUGGAGCAUCCAAGUGAAUCAGAUCUGAGGCUGUGAAUGAUUUUUGGCAGUUUUCAUGAGGUUCUUUUUUAAACCUUAAGUUAAUUAGGGUUAAACACACUUAGACUGUGUUGUAUAUGAAGUUUCUAGAGUAGUAGCGUAGUUUUGAGUGGUUGAAAAUAUUAUCUAGGAGAUUUGUUUUAACUGUAGUGGAGAAGUAGAAGGGUUUUGAAAAUGCAGAGACCACCACAAGAAGACUUUUCUCUCAAAGAGACCAGACCCCACCUUGGUGGAAGGAAGGUUACGGGCGAUAAACGUAAUAGCACCUAUGACUUGGUUGAGCAAAUGCAGUAUCUUUAUGUUCGGGUGGUGAAAGCGAAAGAUUUACCGGGAAAGGAUCUAACGGGUAGUCUUGAUCCUUAUGUUGAGGUUAGGCUUGGAAACUAUAGGGGUACGACUCCUCAUUUAGAGAAGAAAUCGAAUCCUGAAUGGAAUCGGGUGUUUGCUUUUUCAAAGGAACGGAUUCAGGCUUCUACACUUGAGGUGUAUGUGAAAGAUAAGGAUUUUUUGAAGGAUGACUUUGUUGGUCGUGUUACGUUUGAUUUGAAUGAGAUUCCUAAAAGGGUCCCACCGGAUAGUCCUCUUGCUCCACAGUGGUAUAGGUUGGAGGACAGACACAGUAAUAAAGUUAGAGGAGAGUUGAUGUUGGCUGUUUGGAUGGGUACUCAGGCUGAUGAAGCGUUUCCUGAAUCUUGGCAUUCAGAUGCGGCCACUGUUGUUGGUGCUGAUGCUCUCGCGAAUAUAAGGUCUAAGGUGUACCUCUCGCCAAAGCUGUGGUACCUUAGAGUUAAUGUGAUUGAGGCUCAGGACUUGAUUCCCGGUGACAGAAGUAGGUUUCCAGAAGUUUACGUGAAGGCUAUCCUUGGAAAUCAGGUAUUGAAAACCAGAGUUUCGAUGAGCAAGACUAUUAAUCCCAUGUGGAAUGAGGAUCUGAUGUUUGUAGCAGCAGAGCCAUUUGAGGAACCAUUGAUUUUGAAUGUGGAAGAUAGAGGUGCACCAAAUGAAGUACUUGGGAGAUGUGCUAUUCCUUUGCAGUACAUUGAUAAGAGGUUGGACUACAGACCUAUUAACAGUAAGUGGUAUAAUCUUGAAAAACAUAUUAUGGUUGAGGGAGACAAGAAGAAGGAAUUCAAAUUUGCAAGCAAGAUUCACUUGAGGCUUUAUUUGGAAGGAGGCUACCAUGUUCUGGAUGAGUCAACCCACUACAGUAGUGAUCUUAGGCCGACCGCAAAACAAUUGUGGAAGUCCAGCAUUGGUGUCCUAGAAUUGGGUAUUCUGAGUGCUACGGGCCUUUCGCCCAAAACAAAAGAUGGACGGGCAACGACAGAUGCCUAUUGUGUCGCUGCCUAUUGUGUCGCUAAGUAUGGGCAGAAGUGGAUUCGAACAAGGACAAUUGUAGAUAGCUUUGCUCCCAAGUGGAACGAGCAAUACACUUGGGAAGUAUUUGAUCCAUGUACUGUCAUAACUAUUGGGGUAUUUGAUAAUUGUCAUCUGCAUGGAGGAGAUAAACCUGGAGGGGCUCCGGACUCGAGGAUUGGAAAGGUCAGGAUCCGUCUCUCAACUCUCGAAACAGAUCGUGUCUACACGCAUUCUUAUCCGCUAUUGGUCUUGCAUCCUACUGGCGUAAAGAAGAUGGGCGAAAUUCACUUGGCUGUAAGGUUUACUUGCUCAUCAUUAAUGAACAUGAUGCAUAUGUACUCUCAGCCACUGUUACCCAAAAUGCACUAUAUUUUUCCUUUAACCGUUACUCAGCUGGACAACUUGAGGCAUCAGGCCACUCAGAUUGUGUCUAUGAGGCUGAGUCGUGCUGAGCCACCUUUGAGGAAAGAGAUAGUGGAGUAUAUGUUAGAUGUUGGUUCUCACAUGUGGAGUAUGAGGAGAAGCAAAGCUAACUUUUUUAGGAUUAUGGGUGUUUUAGGUGGAUUAAUUGCUAUCGGGAGAUGGUUUGAUCAAAUUUGCAAUUGGAAAAACCCCAUUACGACUGUUUUGAUCCAUAUCUUGUUCUUGAUACUAGUUCUGUAUCCGGAGCUGAUUCUGCCUACCAUUUUCCUUUAUCUCUUCUUAAUUGGCGUUUGGUACUACAGAUGGAGGCCUAGAAAUCCUCCCCACAUGGAUACUCGUCUUUCUUGUGCUGAGAAUGCUCAGCCUGAUGAAUUAGACGAGGAGUUUGAUACUUUUCCCACUUCACGUCCUCCUGAAUUUGUUCGGAUGAGGUAUGACCGUUUGAGAAGUAUCGCUGGAAGGAUACAGACUGUGGUUGGUGACUUGGCUACUCAAGGGGAGAGGCUCCAAUCUUUGCUGAGCUGGAGGGACCCUAGAGCUACCGCACUUUUUGUUAUUUUCUGCUUGAUUGCUGCCAUUCUGCUCUAUGUGACGCCCUUCCAAGUUGUGGCGCUCUUGACUGGAUUUUAUGUGUUAAGACAUCCAAGGUUCCGUCACAAGCUACCAUCUGCUCCGCUGAAUUUCUUCAGAAGAUUGCCCGCAAGAACAGACUGCAUGCUAUGAACUGUGUUGCUGGCUGCUGUUUUCUUUGUUAUCCCAUAUGUUUCUCUCUCGUCUCGAAUUGAUGAAAAUGAUGUAAAAAUGAGUCGGGCUCUUCUUUUUUCCUGCAUCUAGUGGUGAAUGUUAGGUUCUGCUUUUGUGUGUUAGAUCUCCCUGAACUAUUAGAUCUAGUAGAAUUAGUUACUGUUUAUUUAUUCUAAGUUUGUCAAAAGUUUGCUGCUUUAUGCAAAUCCAUAUUUGUUAUUUUGUGAAUGUUUUCUUUCUGAGAAACAUGCUUCAUGAUUAAUUCAAAGUACUCUUAAUGUUCUA